CUGUAACCGAGUCGAACUACUCGACCGCUGCUGGGCCACUACUUCGCUCCGAGGCGUCGAUGCAUAUCGUUGCCCUGCUGGGCGGGACUGUCUCGUGCAGACGGGGCUUUCAUAAGGCAGCCCUUUACCUAGUCCGGAUUCUUGACAACCUGACUUGAAUGUCAGAGCCGCGAUUUGUUCCUGCUGUAUCCUUUUCACUGGCGCCAGCAUAGUCGUGUAUUCGAUCAGAACUGAAGUAUGGCAAUAAUACGCAGUGAUUGGUCAAUGCCUAGAGAGGGCUUCACCUUCGAUACUGUCCUCUCUAUCCUUAAGCACACAGCCUUUGAUCCUCGCAAGACCCUUCCGGUUUACCUCGCAGCUCUUUAUACUACUAAGGGUCAACAGUUCUUUGCUCAACAUCCUAAAGCGUUGACCUGGCUGCGCCGAGCAGUGUUCGGGGGUCUGUUCUUCCGUGUUAAGCGAUUUUUAGACCAGGGCGUCGCAAACAAUUGGAGAAGUGACCGCUAUGACUGGAACAGAGAAAUUGUAGUGGUGACAGGAGGUAGCGAUGGUAUAGGCGCAAAGAUGGUUCAGAUGUUGGCGAGUAAGGGCAUCAAGGUUGUUGUGCUUGAUAUUCAGGAGCCAAAAUAUGUCCUACCACCGAAGGUUCAAUACUUCCACUGCGACUUGGGCUCUCCCGAUGCCAUCAGAGAGACCGCGGCGCAGGUGAAACAAAAGGUUGGCCACCCAACUGUACUCAUUAACAACGCUGGCUUUGCCCGUGGCAAGACCAUACUCGACACCACAGACAACGACCUCAGACUCACGUUCCAAGUCAACGCCAUUUGCCACUACCAACUCGCCCAGCAGUUCCUCCCUGAGAUGAUCAAAAACAACCAUGGCAUGGUCGUCACUAUCGCCUCACUUGCCUCCUAUGUCACAGCUCCUUCACUCGUCGACUACUGCGCGAGUAAAUCCGCAGCGCUCACCUUCCAUGAAGGCCUCCAGACGGAACUAUACAACCUCUACAAGGCAGAUAAGGUGCGCUGCGUAUGUGUGAAUCAAGGCUACACGAAGACAGCCUUGUUUGCAGGCUUUGACAAGGGCGAUGGUUUUGUGUCAUACGCUCUAGAGCCGGAUACAGUAGCUGAGGCAACCGUAAAGGCAGUUCUUGCUGGCAAGAGUGACCAUAUUAUCUUGCCCGUGGGCAACACCGGCAUAACAACGAUCAAGGCCUGGCCUACCUGGAUGCAAGUUAGUGUGCGCAAGGGUCUGAACAACUUGAUGAAAGAGUGGAAAGGAAGGCAAGUGGCUCAGCCGAGCGAAGCCAAGGAAAGUAAUCUGGGUGAAUCUAUUGUGGAUGUUAAGAAGGAGUGAUGAGAAUUUCGGUCGUCUUUUUUUCUCUCUCGUCUUAGCGGCAGGAUCUAUUUCUCAGGUCACUGAGUUUGAUUCUUUGAUGUCGUUGUUCUGACUUGUAUCGAAUUCCAGCGUGUGGAAACUCCAGACACAAAGUCGUCUGUCGUAAAAGCUUGUGGACAGUAUGGCGUACUCAUCGCCUCUCCGAAUGAAAUCACUGCCG